UGGCCCUGCUAGCGUUUCCGCUUUUUCAUUCUCUCCUCCCUUAACUCGCGAGUUCAUCCACUGAUCUACUCCCGGUUAGAUACUGAAACGUUAUUUAGAGGUAGCCACCAUCAUCAAAUAGCUAGAUAUGGACGAUUUUGACAUGCUCAGCGCACCACAGGCUGCGGCCGGCAAUGGGACUGACGAAGACCCCGCUGCCGCAUUCUUGGCCCAGCAAGAAAGCGAGAUCGCGGGGAUUGAGAACGACGAAGGAUUCAGCAUCCUGGACAGCGGAGAGGUUCCAACGUCGCUAGACAACAAUCUGACAGGCGACGCAAACGAUGCAGUGGAUGGUGCCGUUAAUGGGGACAUUCAUGAGGAGAGCAACGGCCCGUCUGAUGCAUACUCAGCCAUCUCCAGUGCCGAUCGGCUGCAGGCUGAGCCAGAGAGCCUGCGUAAAUGGAGGGAGGAGCAGAGAGAGAGGCUCGAGGUCCUAGACGCUAACUCUCGUAAGCAGGAGUCUGAGUGGAAGGACAAAGCCAAGGUAGAGCUGGAGGAGUGGCACACUAGACAGGACGAGCAGCUGGAGAAGACUAAAGUGAACAACAGGGUGCUGGAUGAGGAUUUCUACAAACAACCCUUCUCUGACCUGAUUGGUUAUGUCACACACAUUACCCAUCCUUGCUACCGCCUAGACCAAGCGGCCGAGGAGGCCAUGCUGUCGGACAUGGACGAGAACAACCCGGGCACCGAGUGGGAGCGCGUGGCGCGCCUCUGCGACUUCAACCCAAAGUCCAGCAAGCAGGCCAAAGACGUGUCCCGCAUGCGCUCUGUCCUCAUCUCCCUCAAGCAGGCCCCUCUGAUCCGCUAACCCCAACCCUCUUCUCUCUCUGUUAGACGUCUCAAUUCAGUCCCUACCCCCUCCACCUUAACACUAACCAUUCAGUGUUAGAAUAUCUGAAGGCUCUGAAUACGUACUGUAUAAGCAGUGUAGUGGUGGAGCUUCUACAAUCCACCAUGUUGCUUUCACCUUACAGAUCUGUUAACAUUGAGGGGAAGGGAGUGAAUUGAGACGGCUGUAUCUCUACCCUUUGCUAACCCUCUCUGGACCCAGAUUGCAACCAAACUCUCAUAGGGAAAUGUAUCAUUCCACCUACCUGACCUGGGGUCGUUCCCACCCACCCACCCAACCCACCUACCUACCUGACCUGGGGUCAUUUUACACCCACCUACCUGACCUGGGGUCGUUCCCACCCACCCCACCUACCUGACCUGGGGUCAUAUUCCACCCACCCCACCUACCUGACCUGGGGUCGUUCCCACCCAACCCACCUAACUGACCUGGGGUCGUUGUUGUACAUGGAUUGAUGAUAUAUUCCUCUCUUCCAUCUUCCUUUCCGUCAUUAAAGAACAAAAUAAGUAUACACUUAUUUUUUGUUUCUAUUCUUUUAAGGACCAAACUCUGUUUAUUAAGUGUGUUGUUGGAAACCAUUUUAGAACCAGCUUGUGGCAUUUAUUGUGACUAUUUCAAUCUAUGCAUUUUUUUCCCAUUUGAACCGCGAAUCAAGCACCGGUAAAUAUACGUGAUCUAUAUGUGUGUGUGUAAGCAUCAAGGUUGGGGUCAAUUCCAUUUGAAAUUCCAGUUAAUUCAGAAAGUACACAAUUCCACAUCAAAUUUGAUAGUUGAAAAGCAUUGAAGAGAAUUGGAAUUUCAGUGUACCUCCUGAAUUGACUGGAAUUGAAAUGGAAUUGCCCCCAACCCUGGUAAACAUCAUGUGGUGUAUCAUGUACUCUAUAUGUGUGUACCUAUGUACAUAUACAGGCAAUAUACAAAACGUUAAUGUCAUAAACAGAGUAGAAUUGUGGUUUAAAGAUGAACUGUAGCACCAAGUGUUGCUUUUAAUGUUCACUGUCCAUCGAUUUCAAUAUCAGUAAAACAUGAAUUCAA